AUGGGCAGCGUGCGGACCAACCGCUACAGCAUCGUGUCUUCCGAAGAGGACGGCAUGAAGCUGGCCACCAUGGCGGUUGCAAACGGCUUUGGCAACGGGAAGAGCAAAGUCCACACCCGGCAGCAGUGCCGGAGCCGCUUCGUGAAGAAGGACGGCCACUGCAACGUCCAAUUCAUCAACGUGGGGGAGAAGGGACAACGGUACCUCGCGGACAUCUUCACCACGUGCGUGGACAUCCGCUGGCGGUGGAUGCUGGUUAUCUUCUGCCUGGCCUUCGUGCUCUCGUGGCUGUUUUUCGGCUGCGUGUUCUGGUUGAUAGCUCUGCUCCAUGGGGAUCUGGAUGCCACGAAGGAGAGCAAAGCUUGCGUGUCUGAGGUCAAGAGCUUCACGGCUGCCUUCCUCUUCUCCAUCGAGACCCAGACCACCAUCGGCUAUGGCUUCCGGUGCGUCACGGAUGAGUGCCCGAUCGCUGUGUUCAUGGUGGUAUUCCAGUCCAUCGUGGGCUGCAUCAUCGACGCCUUCAUCAUCGGCGCAGUCAUGGCCAAGAUGGCCAAACCCAAGAAGAGAAACGAGACUCUUGUCUUCAGUCACAACGCCGUGAUCGCCAUGAGAGAUGGCAAGCUGUGUCUGAUGUGGCGGGUGGGCAAUCUUCGGAAGAGCCACCUGGUGGAGGCUCAUGUGCGAGCCCAGCUCCUCAAAUCCAGAAUUACUUCCGAAGGAGAGUACAUCCCCCUGGAUCAGAUAGAUAUCAACGUUGGGUUUGACAGUGGAAUCGAUCGUAUAUUCCUGGUGUCCCCGAUCACCAUAGUCCACGAAAUCGAUGAAGACAGCCCCUUCUAUGACUUGAGCAAACAGGACAUUGACAGUGCAGACUUUGAAAUUGUCGUGAUCUUGGAAGGCAUGGUGGAGGCCACAGCCAUGACCACCCAGUGCCGAAGCUCGUAUCUGGCCAACGAAAUCCUCUGGGGCCACCGCUACGAGCCUGUCCUCUUUGAGGAGAAACAUUACUACAAAGUGGACUAUUCCAGGUUCCACAAGACUUACGAAGUCCCCAACACGCCCCUGUGCAGCGCCAGAGACUUAGCAGAAAAGAAAUAUAUCCUCUCCAAUGCAAACUCAUUUUGCUAUGAAAAUGAAGUUGCACUCACUAGCAAAGAGGAAGAUGACAGUGACAAUGGCGUCCCAGAAAGCACAAGUACGGACACGCCCCCUGACCUAGACCUUCACAACCAGGCAAGCGUACCUCUAGAGCCCAGGCCCUUACGAAGAGAAUCAGAGAUAUGA